CUCAUCACACAACUUCCAACUCAGAACAUAGCAGAGCAAAGAACAUCAUCAACAACAAUUAUCUUCUUCAAUAACAUAGUCAACGUUUCAACCUUUCAGUCAAACUAGUAUUAACACAAAGAACAAGAACACAAGAAUGCAAGGUGAAUUAGAAUUACCACCUGGUUUCAGAUUUCACCCUACUGAUGAAGAAUUGGUGAAUCACUACUUGUGUCGCAAAUGUGCUGGUCAAUCUAUUUCUGUUCCCGUUGUCAAAGAAGUUGAUUUGUAUAAGUUUGAUCCAUGGCAGCUUCCAGAAAUGGGUUACCAUAGCGAGAAAGAAUGGUAUUUUUUCUCUCCAAGGGACAGAAAGUAUCCGAACGGUUCGAGGCCAAAUCGAGCUGCUGGAAGUGGUUAUUGGAAAGCUACUGGAGCUGAUAAACCAAUUGGGAAAUUGAAGCCGAUGGGGAUUAAAAAGGCGCUAGUAUUCUAUGCCGGUAAAGCCCCCAAAGGAGUUAAAACUAAUUGGAUUAUGCACGAAUAUCGUCUUGCCAACGUUGAUAGAUCAGCCGGAAAGAAAAACAACUUGAGGCUUGAUGAUUGGGUGUUGUGUAGAAUUUACAACAAGAAAGGCAAGAUUGAGAAAUUCAAUACUAGUAACACGCCAAAGGUUCAAAAUUAUUAUGAACAUGAAGAAGUAGAAGAACAUGAGAUGAAGCCAGAAAUUCAAAAGUUGGGGAAUUACCAACUGUACAUGGACACUUCAGAUUCAGUUCCAAAGCUGCACACGGACUCUAGCAGCUCCGGUGGGCACGUGGUUUCACCGGAUGUCACGUGCGACAGAGAGGUGCAGAGUGAACCUAAGUGGAAUGAUCUUGGGAUACAGCUGGAUGACGCGUUUGAUUUUCAGCUCAAUUACUUGGAAAAUGCUCUUUCAUUUGAUAUUGAUGACGACCCCUUUGGGACCAAUCAGUACCAAAUGAACCAGCUAUCGCCGUUACAGGACAUGUUCAUGUACCCACAAAAGCCAUUUUGAUUCUUCUUUUUGAAAGAAAACAAUAUUUUUUGGAAAGGGAUAUUGGGGGGUUGCCGAAUUAGUUAAUUUUUUGUAGGAAAAGUCAUCAUUAAGUUCUCCAAUUAACCACUGUAUGUGGUCACUUGGGUAAUUAUUCUUAUUCUCUGUUCUAGAGUGAUCAGGGAAUUGUGGUUUUGGUUGACAUGGACCAUUUGGAAUAGUGGACCUAAUUUGUGUAAAAAGAGAUGAAUUCUAAAAGGAGAUAGAUUCUGCAGUGUGUAAGUAAAAAAACAAAUAAGCAGUAGGAUUAUCUUAUCUCCACUAGGUGUAGAUCCAAAUCUAAUGGGCCAUGUAGUGUUCUGUACCUGGUAUGAAAGCAUUUUUUCAUAUAUUUGUAACAUAUAUAAUAAAUAUAAUAACUUCUAUUUUUUUCAA